AUGCAUUUCACAACCCUUUCACUCCUUUUCGCAGCUACCACGCUUGCAAGCCCACUCCACAAGCAAGCAUACCUCGUCAAGCGAGCCUGCACCACUGGCCCAGACACCGCAGCCGACUUCCUUGCCUAUCCAGCCUACGCAAGUUCCGCUCUAAACGCAACCACACCUCCCGGCUACUCCAACACAUACACCAACCUCCACGCCAGCAGUAAUGCAGAUGGCUACUCUGGCUACACCAUCCUCCCCACCUACAACACCACCGCGUGCGCCGAGAAAUGUACAGCUAGCUCCAACUGCCACGCCUUCAACAUUUUCUACGAACGCUCUGCUGUAACCUCCUCCUUCAAUUCUUCUUGCACCAGCACCGCAACCAUCAAAUGCGUAUUCUGGAACGGCGCUGUGACGCCCGCAAAUGCAGUAAACACCGGCUCCACCCAAAACAAUUUUGAAAUCGUCAUCGCGGGGAGUAAUGGCUAUGUUGCUACUGCGAUUUCUCCUGCUGCAGGAUACUCUGCGCCUGUGUAUUUCAGCAACAGUGGUAUCCAAGCACCCCUGGACUGCAAUGGAAACGACACAUACCUUGGUUUCCAGACUUUUGAUGCAAACUUCAAUGCUUCUAGGUGUGCGGCCGCAUGUUCUGCUCAAGCGGCUUAUGCGGUAGCUCAUCCUCCCUCUGAUGGCAGCACACCCAAGACCUGCAAGUUCUUCAACACAUAUUUGGAGAGCAAGAAUGGUAUGCCUCAAGACCAGAAAUGUGUCUUGUAUAGCCAGACUUGGGGCAAGAGUGUAGCGACAAACACUGGCUAUGCGUAUGGCAACGACGUUUAUACAGUGGGAAUGAGUUAUGGUUAUUCCAAUGCUACGGAUGCGGGUGUUUGUGUCAAAGCCUGA